CAAAAAACGGAGUUCCAGAACUCCAUCCCCAAAACUCUCAAAUCUUAAACCUUAAACCUUAAAACUUCACUCUAGAAGUCCAAAAUCAAUGACGUUUCUUUGGCACUACAUCUUCGCCUUUGUUUCCUCUUCAAAGGUUUAGAGAAAACAGAAAACAGAACGAACCAAAACAAAGAAAGAUGAUUCUUUCGAAAUCUCUUUACAGUAAAUACACUCGUAUCGUCAACCAAAUCCUCACAGCCAUGCUCCAAAACCGCCCAUUUGACUCCCAUCUCACUUCUUCCUCUCUUCGGUGGAGCGCAGAAGCAGUUUCGGAGGUUUUAAGGUCAGUCCCCAGAUUCUUCUUCCAAUCCCCUCGCUCCAUCGGCCGCCAAAAAGGCUUCCGACACCGAUCUCCAUUAAAACAGCGCAACCUUAAACAAGAAUCCCUUAAGUUUAGUAACAAUGUCCUCGUUCUUGGUCCCGCCGCCCAUAGGGAUCCCGAAAAAGUCCAGCUGGGAUUGGACAAGGCAAUGGAUUUCUUCUUCUGGGUCGAGGACAGUUUUGGGUUUGCACACAACGAGGCGACUUGCCGGGAGAUGGCUCUCGUCUUGGCCAGAGGUAAUAGUUUGGGAACUCUCUGGAAUUUUCUCAAAGAAAUGUCGAUUAGAGGGAGUGGGCAGCUUGUGACGAUAUCGUCCAUAACCUGUUUGAUAAAAGUCCUAGGAGAAGAAGGAUUGGUCAAUGAGGCGUUAUCUUGUUUCUAUAGGAUGAAGCAGUUUCAUUGUAAGCCUGACGUUUAUGCUUAUAAUACUAUUAUUUAUGCUCUUUGUAGAGUUGGAAAUUUCAAAAAGGCAAGAUUUUUGUUGGAGCAGAUGGAGUUACCGGGCUUUUGGUGCCCGCCCGAUACUUUCACUUAUACGAUUUUGAUUAGUUCUUAUUGUAGGUAUAGCUUGGAGACCGGGUGCAAGAAGGCUAUUAGGAGGAGGGUGUGGGAAGCAAACCACUUGUUUCGGAUUAUGCUCUUCAAAGGCUUUGUUCCCGAUGUUGUGACAUUUAAUUCUUUGAUUAAUGGUUGUUGCAAGACUUAUCGAAUUGGGAGGGCUUUGGAAUUGUUCGAGGACAUGAACAAAAGGGGGUGUACUCCCAACGGGGUUACUUAUAAUUCGUUCAUUAGGUAUUAUAGCGCGGUUAAUGAGAUCGAUAAUGCUGUUGAUAUGUUGCGGAGGAUGCAGAAGAUGAAUCAUGGAAUACCUUCUUCAAGUUCUUACACUCCGAUUAUUCAUGCCUUGUGCGAAGCGGGGAAAGCGCUGGAAGCCCGGGAUUUUCUUGUUGAGUUGGUUGAUGCAGGCUCGGUUCCUAGAGAAUAUACUUAUAAACUGGUUUGUGAUGCACUAAUGUCAGCGGGACAAGCCUAUUUACUUGAUGAUGGGAUGCAUAAGAGAAUAAAGGAUGGAAUAGAGAACAGGUUUAAGCAACUGGGGAAGUUUAAACUAAUGAUGACUCGCAGAGGAUGUGAUAGCAAGGAAACUUGAUAAUUUGAAGAAACUGGUUAUGCUGACUCUAUAAAAGACCUAUAUGGAAGAGAAGAAUUUUGUUUCAUAUCAUGCCACUCUGGUAGGGAGCUGUACUGCAUUGGUUACGAUUUCUUAAUUCACCUUUUUUUCCUUAUUUCCUCAGAGUUGCUUAUGCCCGGACCAGCUAUGCCUACCUCAAGCUUGUAGAAUAAAUCAUGGGCCCACCAUUGAUCAUUGGUGCUAUCCCGUCCCCAUUCCCAUCAUCUAUACGAUGUUGGUGAUGAUAUUAUCCGGGACUCUAAAAAACAGUUUCUCCUUUCUCCUGAAGACAUCUAUCAUGGUUUCAACCAAAGUAUAUCGACAGGUUCACUACAUUUUAUUUUUUAACACUGGAAUUGUAGAGGGUGCAAAAUUGACAUCUGGGAGUUAUUAAAUUUCAGUACUAUCAUAUUGCAUAAAAGCCAAAGGUUGAGUCACUGAUCAA